GUAUUACAUUUACGAACGUAAAAUACUUUACGAUUAUUGAAAAUGUAUAUGUAUACAUCAUAGAGGUUACAGAUACAUGUCAAGUUUUGGAACACCUUGAUUCCUGCAAAUACAAUAUACAAUAAACGUGUUUAUUUUUUCAAAGUUUUAUUCUCUGAUUUAUUUAUACACAAUUUGUGUAAGGUGAAGUACUACACUUUGUGACAAUGCCAAGUAAAAAGAAAAAAUAUAAUGCACGUUUUCCAGCAGGCAGAAUAAAAAAAAUUAUGCAAACUGAUGAAGAAAUUGGAAAAGUUGCACAACCAGUGCCGAUUAUAAUUUCUAGAACAUUAGAAUUGUUUGUACAUUCAUUACUUACAAAAUCCAUGGAAAUUACAAAUGCUAAAAAUGCUAAAACUUUGAGUCCUUCUCAUAUGAAACAAUGUAUUUUAUCAGAAAGCCGCUUUGAUUUUUUAAAAGAUUUAGUAAAUUCUUUACCAGAUGUAUCAGGACCUGAUGAGGAAGUACCUACACCACCUCUAACACCUGCUCCAAUGAAUACAAAUGUAUCAAAUACAUCAACUUAUUCACCUACAAUACAACAGCCAGAUACAGGAUUUUCAAAGCAGGAGAUUGGAUUAACUAAUAAAGUAAAGAAAGAAAAUGAAAAUGAAGAAAACAGUGAUGGAACUGGAAUAUAUAAUCCAGGUACUUGUAAUGAAAUGGUAAAAAAUACUGUGCCUCAAGUUCCAGAAUUUCAAAUGUCUGUGCCUCCAUCAUUUCAAAUUAGUCAACCUAAUUUUUAUACAGAAGUUAAACCUAUGAAUUUAAGUACAAAUACAUCAAAUGUAAAUACAAAUAAUCAACCAACAUCAAAUUUUGCUCAUACUGCUACUCUGGAUGAAGAUUAUGAUACAUAGUUAUUUAUAAAAUAUUAGAAAUAUGAAUUUAAAAUUAAACUAAAACAAUAAUUAAAGUAUGCGAUCAUAUAAUAUCACCAAAUUUUAUUCAGACAAUGUAUAAUUUACAUUAUAUGAACAGUUUUGUUACUUAUAUAUAUUUACUUCACUAAUCAUAAAUUUUUAUAUUUUUGUAUUUGUUCUGUUAAAUUAUAAAUUUUAUUCAGACUAGUUAAAACUACAUAUUUCCUAUUUAAAAAUGUUUUGUACGACUCGAUUAUCAUAAAACACUCAUAUUUUAAGUACUUUAUAUUCAUGUAUACACAUCUAUAAUAAGUAACAAUAUUUGGAUUGACACAGUUGCUGUGUACUCCAAAUAUACAUGCAUUAAAGAUAAUCUAGAUACAGUUCUCCUCUGUUUAUAUAUUUAUAAAUAUAUAUUGUACAUUUAUCUAGAUACAAAUACAUUUACUUAUUAAGGAUGUAGGUAGUUAGGCUUACAUUUUAUAAUUGGCAAAAUUUUCUACUUGUACCUCAUUUAGUUUAUAUCUUAGAAUAUUUGUGAUUUGCAACAUUAUGUAUGCAAUAAUAAGCUUUAUAACUAAGACUUUUUACCUGCAUAAAAAUAAAUUUGUAUAAGGAAGAGGUAGUAUCUUACAUAUAUUAACAAUACUUAAGGGAAUUGAUUUUAAAAAGAGUGGCAUUGACAAAUAUUUCACAAGAUAUUUAUGUAAUUAUAUACUUAUUUGAACAUACAUACGUUGCAAAGUUAUAUAUUAAAUAUGAUGACUGAAACUAUUAAAUUUCUGAAUAGUUCAAUAUAUGCACAACAAUUAGAUAAGAAUAGACUAUUAAAUUCUAUAAAAACUCAA